CCUGAGGAAGUGACGACAGGAGGUGCCCUUGACAGGCGGGGAGGCGGGCCGUGCAUCCUUCCGCUCGCGCUGCAGGGAGAUGGCUCAACGAUUUCUCCUGAGGAGGUGCCUGACCUCUGUCAUCUCCAGGAAGCUCCCUCAGGGUCGGUGGGCACUCCUCACCUCCGGAGCCCUGCAGAGCCCACAGUGCAGUCCUGGGGGCCUAACAGUAACACCCAGCCCAGCCCGGACAAUAUCCACCACCAGAGUCUGCUUAACCACCUUCAAUAUCCAGGAUGGACCUGACUUUCAAGACCGAGUUGUGAACAGUGAGACGCCAGUGGUUGUGGAUUUCCAUGCACAGUGGUGUGGCCCCUGCAAGAUCCUGGGGCCCAGGUUAGAGAAGAUGGUGGCCAAGCAGCACGGGAAGGUGGUGAUGGCCAAGGUGGACAUCGAUGACCACACAGACCUCGCCAUCGAGUAUGAGGUGUCAGCCGUGCCCACCGUGCUAGCCAUCAAGAACGGGGACGUGGUAGACAAGUUUGUGGGCAUCAAGGAUGAGGACCAGCUGGAGGCCUUCCUGAAGAAGCUGAUUGGCUGACAGGCAGGGCUGCGUUCUCCCUGUCCCAGGGAGGAGCCCAGUAGAACUCAGCCCCGCUGCCAGCCCCUCCCCUGUGGACCAGUGGUCCCAAGCUGGCCAGCUGCCAGGGCAGCCGCAGAGGAGGGGUGCUACUGCAGAUCUGGGGCGCCGUCUUCCACCCAUCUCCUUUUGUCUGCUCCCUCUAGGGCCUGCUGCGGUUCCCCAGGAAGCCCGAGAGUCCAGGCAGCCGGCAGCCACCGGUCCAGGCAGGGGCAGCUCAGUCCUCCCUCCCCUUGGUCCUACUGAUCCGAAUGUCCAGCUGGGCCCAUCUGCCUCUGCCUUUUCCCCUCCUGCUGCUGUUUUGUGAAAAGGAAACAAGAAGCCACAUGAAUGAGAGUGCUAGAUAGUUCCCUCAUUUCUUGUAGGUCUGUAAUAAAGAACUUUAUAUGACCCUCUUCUCCCUUCUGCUGUGAAGGGCAGAUCCUGAGCCCCACACUCGUCCCCCUGCCCCCCUCCCUCCCUCCCCAGGCUCAGGGCAGAGAGGGCAGCAUGGGGCUGCGGGCUCCCUCAUUAGCCAGCCCUUUGGUUCUCAGGGCAGGAGGCCUGACUGUGAACAAAUUAGACCAAUAAAACCAGGGUUCGUACUGCCA